CUCCAAUUAGCUGCUUCCUAUUUCCUGCCCACGCGAAACUAUGGCAGAAAAUUUGCCAAGCUUUCAGCUCAAUAGUAAGGUAGCUUUUGGACAUACAAUACUUUGUGGACUCGUCCGGCAGUCUAGGCCUCAACCGAUUCUACAUCGCAAGCUGAACACCGUCGAUUCCGUGGUUCAAGACGACAGCAAGCCGUUCCUCAGCGACCUUUGUGCUGGUAGCUACUCUACGCGAGUCGUCUUAUUAGCACCGGGAGCCCGUUUCUAGCGGCCUUUCCGUUUCCUGCGAGCCUAUGUGAUCACCCCGACGCCGCCAAAGAUUCACCUGUCAUGGUAUUUUCGCGGAAGGCGCCUCUUUGGACCUUAAUAUGGAAUGGGCGGACCUUGGGACCAACAGGCCAUUGUCGGUUCCAAACAAAGAGCCUCCCUUGUUCACAAUUGUGAACGUGUUGGUGAUGAAGUUCCGAGCCGUGAAGGUCAGCAGAACCGUUACCAUACCCUACACGCAUAGCAAAGACGGAUUUAGGCAAUACAUUUUCAGGCAGGACCGCUUUCACUGCAUUCUCCUUACCAAGUACGUCAAGAAGAUGUGUCGGGCCUUGUCGAAGGCGACGCGCCACGACUAUAAUGAGACAGACGCAAGGCUCUACGAGGCUCAACUUGCAGCCUGCUCGAAUCCCUCCACAACCGGAUUUACUGGUAAAGCUGGCCUGGUGGAAUCUGACCGCGAGCCCUGCAGCGACACCGUGCUAAAAGCCAUAUGCAACCUGGAGCGGGCGACCUCUCUUGCAGCUCAGCUACGGGAGUACGAGGUGCUCACCUACUGUGCUAUUGGUCUGGCGGAGCUGCAAAUCUCGCGAAGGGACCUGGCAGCAGCCUCCGCCACCUUUGACGGCUGCGUGACAUCAUGCGCGGCCAUUGCCGAUGCGCCACUGCGAGCAUCGCUUCUACAGCGGGUCCUGCCCAAGAGUAUGGAAGUCUGCAACAUGCAGGGCCGGACGGCUGACAGCUUCACCCGCCUGCGACUGCUCAAUACGGUCCUCUCGCUCGACGGGCGAAGCGUGACGGAGGAAUGUCCCAUUUGUGGGGAGGCUUUCACCGGGUCGCGAGCCUGCCUAGCGUUUGGCUGCGGCCACUCGUUCCACAGGGACUGCUGUGACGGCUGGCUUGGGCGCAAGAUGUUUACAUGCGGGUCUUUCCGGGCGGAAUGCCCGGUGUGCGCGCAGGUGGACUGGUCGUUGAAGCCUACGCCAGCCGCAACACGUGCUCUGGAGGAGUACAGGCAAGCUUGCGGUGGCACUGGCAGCACCAGCGGCAGUAACGGCGGCUGCCACGGCCGCGGCUUCAUUGGGGACAACGGAACUGCCGCCGGUGCCGGGAGCACCUCCAGCGACCGGAGUGGAAAUAGCAGUAGCAGCACUGGCAGCAGCGGAAGCAGCAUGAUGCCGGACAGGUACACGUUGAGCGCAGGAAGUGAUGUGGAGAGUGAGAGCAGCAGCUGCAGCGGAAGCCCAGAUGGCAGCGAUUGGGAGAGCGAAGACGAGGAUGAGGACUGCGCGGAGAGCAACAUGCGUUGA